AAUGAUUCAACACCAGCAGAAGGCCGAUUUUCCUGCUAUGACAUAGGCUAUGGUGCGAAUGAGGCCACCAUGGUAGAAAACUUUGGUGUGGCCAACCAAUACCUACACCAGCUCACUCUCAAAUUAUUCAAUGGUCGCGUGAUACCCGACAAAAUUCUCUACGGCAUCGUGUAUUUCGAUGCAAAGGACUCGAUGAGAGUCAACCGUAUCAAAAUUAAAGGCAAUGGUACAAUGUUGAAGACGAUCACCCAUAAAAAGGAAACAAGUCAGCCGGAAGUUCCAACGAACACAUUUACAAAGGAAGUGGUAACAAGCGGAUCGUCGGGUACAAGGAAUCAAAACAAUUACAAUGCGCUAACCCGUGACUUCAGCGGAAGUGAUCUGUAUGAACGUCUGAAUUGUCCUGUCGACCUGCAUGAAGGCGAUGAAAACUUAAAGCCCUUUAAUGGACCCAUAAACCUUAAACCCGGCACACAUGCGAUCCCCUUCGCUGUAAGGAUCCCCGCAUCAACGAAUCCGACCAUCACUUACGAAAGAGACCGCAAGAAAAUGGGCCACGCUAAAGUCCAGCUGCUGUAA